ACUCUUGCCAAGGCUUUUCAGGGCUGGAGCAAGUUCAUGGGAUUGCAGACGGGGAAGCUCCGUCACCUGGCGCAUCCGCUGAACGGCCGCGUGACCUUGAGCUUCGCAGCUUGCAACAUGGCCUUGAUUCUCACCACCUUCCCUUUCACAGAGGCCUUGUUUGUGACCCUGGCGGGUGGCUUCCUGCUGCUGACGUUCCUCGCUGUGGUGAUUGCUGGACCCGCAGGGAAGUCCGUGGCAUCAGCGAGGGAGCCGGAUGGUGACUUGGCGGACCUUCAGGCUGGUUCGACUGCAAUGCCGCUCUUGCAGUGAGAUGCAUCCAGCUGUCGCGCUCAAAACACGGCGUGAGUGGCAGAUCGGAACAG